AUGCCCGGGCUACAAACGGUGUCAUUCCGACUCUGCCAGGAGCCAAAGGCAAUACACGGCCUCCCAUGGUCGGUCAUGCAACUGGUCCUAUCUCUCCCCACCCUCAAAGAUCUCGCUGUCGACCGGCAUCGUUUUGCCCCCAAGCUAUUGGCGGAGGAGGAGCUCACUCUCGACUAUUGCGCGCCUCUUACAUCCUUCCGGUACACGCUGUCCGAUUACCGUUGGUGGCGAAAGCAGACUUUUCCACUCGAAAAGCAAGCGCUCCUGCUCGUUUUAAACAAGACCCACACAUCUCUCGAGCGGCUGACGCUCAUUGCAGAGCUGGCGCCCCUCGAUGAGAUCUGCAAUACACUCGAGUGGCCGAACCUCCGCGAACUAUGCCUCCGCGGCGAGCGUGGCACGAUCGGCAACCCACCACUCCCGCUCGUGUCCAUGUUCGCAAACAUGCUCCGCCUACAGCGCCUAGAACUGAAGCUCGGGUUGCGGGAGGGUGUCGAUCCCCAGCCGUUCUGGCCGCUUGGCUACGUGGCCGAGUGGCCCUGGGCUGACCUUCGCCACCUCACCCUGUCCUAUCCACUCGUCAACGACCAGAUCUAUAGCUCUCUUCCGCCCACACUCGAAAGCCUCGCGCUGCGUUAUACCCCUCAUAUGGUGCAUGCCGAAAGAUACGAUGCAGAUGUGCUCUGGAAUUGGCCGCUCAUCAAGUCAUCGGUCAUGCUGCAGAUCUUACGACGAUGCCGCUGCCGGCGGCUCUCUUCCCUGCAACUGGAGUAUCGCGAGGACGAGGCGGACGCUGAGUUGAUGCAGUGCGUCGGCGCGUCGUUCCCUGCGCUCACUACCUUCAAGUUGCUCAGGUAUCGAGCGGCCAAUGACGCAGAGGCUGGCCCGUUGGAUGCUCUCCUCCGCAUGCUUGGGGCGCAUCUCUGUCUACAGACAAUACGCCUCCACAUAGACCAUGUCGACACCUCGACGCCCUUUUACCGGGGCGGGUACCGGGACUACGCGUGCGACAUACCCCGGCUGGAGUCGUGCUUGGCAUCGACGCAGUCGCUUGCGGACAGCCUGGCGGGCGCAUCAGGCUCGUCGCUGGAGACGAUCACGCUCUGGGCUCCGCACUCCUACUUCCCGUACUCCUGGUUCUGGGAGAACUUCACCGUCGUCCGAGAUGAGACCACGGGCGUAGGUGUGCGCGCCCUGUCCACUGUGAAGACGCGCAAGCCGAGCGCCCCUGCUUCUCGUUGAGGGACAUCACUGCAUCCUAGCGCAUUGGAAACAGAAGCACUCCUGGCAAGGUACGCUUUGAGCCGUGCACAUCCCGACGAGACCCCGUUUUCUCGCAGCUGCCAGCGGUCGCCAGCCCCGUCUCAGUAUUUAUUGUACUUGUUUCAAAC